UUCCUCCAGCAGCUCCCAGCCAUCCCCUUGCUUCAUCUCUCUCUCUGCAAACAAUUCUCUCUUUCUCUCUCUCUCUGCAAACAUUUCUUUCUCUAGAAUCGCCAUUGCCGAUAAACCCCCGUCUCUGCACCUGGAGAUAUAUUUUUUACAGCUUAGCAGGUCUUAGAUCUAUAUCGAGCUUAUGGCAUUGGAACAAAACUUCCAACAAUCCAUGGUGCCUAUUGAAUCUAUUGGAGAUAUUUGUGUCGAGCAAAAGUGGAAGUUAGAUUCAGGUCCAACAACGGCUUUAGAAAAUGUAAAUGGAUGUUUCGAUUGCAAUAUUUGUCUAGACUCAGCACAUGACCCUGUGGUGACCGUCUGCGGUCACCUCUACUGCUGGCCUUGCAUUUACAAAUGGCUCCAUGUCCGAAGUUCCUCCAUUGAACCAAAAGAGUGGCCCAAGUGCCCCAUCUGUAAAGCAAACAUCUCCACCUCCUCAUUGAUCCCCCUAUAUGGGCACGGUGCAUCCCCAUCGGAAUGCGAAGCCAAGAGGUCCCAACUGAAUCCGAUCAUCCCCAACAGACCACCCGCUUUUGGGGCGAGCACACUGCUUACUACUGCAACAUCGAUGCCUUCCUAUCCAUAUCAGGCUCAGCACCCACAAUAUUUCGCUCACCCUUUUGGCAAUUAUGCUUCUAUGUCAUCAUCUAGCUUUGGGAGCACCGCAAUUACUGCAAUGACAAGUUUCUUCAGCCCAACAGUUGGGAUGUUUGGAGAGAUGGCAUUUGCAAGGAUGUUUGGGAGCUCAGACACAAGAUUAUUUACUUAUGCACACCCGAAUUCUUCACCUCCUCGUUCGGGAAGUGGCAGCCCUAGAAUAAGAAGGCAGGAAAUGCAGGUGGACAAGUCUCUCGACAGAGUAUCAAUGUUCCUUUUUUGUUGCUUUGUUUUGUGCCUUCUCUUGUUCUGAGUAUUUCUUUCCUAUAGCGUAGUUGUACAAAAUUAUGAGAUUGAACGAGAUAAGAUCAGAUGCAUAUACCUUUUCACAUGUUUUGCAGCAAAACCUUCACGUGAUGUUUUUUUUCUCCUCGAUGGUUACAAAUCUUAAUUUCUGGCAUAUCUUUAAGAGGAUUUACGUUAACGAAAUGCUUCCCAUCUUUCUAGUCUAUGCCAUAUGCAUGUCGGAAAAUGUUAUUUUGUAUCG